CUUUGAAAAGCGCGGGCCACAUCCGGGCACCUGGGUCGUCGAGCUGAGGCGCGCUUUCCGAGCCUGGUUUUUAGGACGGUUGGCAGCCAUGCUGAAGUGCGUGAUGACCGGCAGUCAAGCGAAAGUAUUUGGGAAAGCAGUUCAAUCUCUAUCACGAAUUAGUGACCAGCUAUGGCUAGAUCCAUCUAGAAAAGGUCUUGCUCUAAGAUCUGUGAACUCUUCUCGGUCAGCAUAUGGAUGUGUUCUGUUCUCCCCUGUGUUUUUUCAACAUUACCAAUGGUCAACUUUAGUGAAAAUGAAUGAAAAUGAACAUGACACAACAUUGAAUUUAAAAUGCAAAUUGGGAAUGAAGUCAAUUUUGCCCAUCUUUAGAUGUCUGAAUUCCCUUGAAAGAAAUAUAGAGAAGUGCAAAAUAUUCACCAGAUCUGAUAAAUGCAAAGUAGUUAUUCAAUUCUUCUACAGACAUGGUAUUAAAAGAACUCAUAAUAUAUGUUUUGAAGAAAGUCAGCCUUUGCAAGUUAUUUUUGACAAGAAUGUUUGUACUAAUACACUAAUGAUUCAACCAAGAUUGCUUGCUGAUGCCAUUGUUCUUUUUACAUCAAGUCAAGAGGAAGUUACUCUUGCUGUUACUCCAUUGAAUUUUUGCCUCAAGAGUUCUAAUGAGGAAUCAAUGGCAGAUUUGAGCAAUGCUGUGUACAGUGAGAUGUUUGUUGGCUCAGAUGACUUUGAUUUCUUUCAAAUUGGAAUGAACACUGAGAUAACGUUUUGCUUCAAAGAAUUGAAGGGAAUACUGACAUUUUCAGAAGUGACACAUGCUCCUAUAUCCAUUUAUUUUGAUUUUCCCGGGAAACCUCUGGCUUUAAGUAUUGAUGAUAUGUUAGUGGAAGCUAACUUUAUUUUGGCCACAUUAGCUGAUGAGCCAAGUAGAGCAUCUUCACCACAGUCACUGUGUCUUUCACAGAAACGAAAAAGGUCAGAUCUGAUUAAAAAAAAGGCUGGUAAAAAUGUAACUGGCCAGACCCUGGAAUGUAUAUCAAGAAAAGCAGCACCAAGAAGGAUUUAUCCUAAGGAGACUCUCACAAACAUCUCUGCAUUGGAAAACUGUGGCAGCCCUGGAAUGAAAAGAGCGAAUGGAGACAUCAGUGAAGUAUCAGAAAGCAGUGUCAGCAACACAGAGGAAGUGCCGGGGUCUCGGUGUCUCAGAAAGGAGCGUCCUUUGCUAUUCUGUCUGUGAAAGUCUUGCUCCCAUUGGACAGUUCGUCCUCUCCUAACACUCCCACCCAUGAGCUUGGUGUUCCGCCAGCUGCAGUUUUGCCCAUUUUGAUUGAACAUACUGUGCUGCUGGAAACUUUUGACUGCAUUGAAACAUGAGCUGAAAUCACAUGCUAGCGAGCUGUCUCUGGGCUCCAGGGGAGGCCACCUCCACCUUGCUGGCAUGCCAGCAGAGUGCUGCCCCGACCUGUCUGUCCCAAAGACAGCGUGUGAGAUACAGCAGGACUGCUCCGGCCCUUGGAAGCCCAACAAGAAGAAUCAAAUGAAGAAAAAAUUAUAGGACCUGUCUCCAAAAACUGUGAUCUGAGCUUGGUCUCUACGGAGGCCUUGGCAUUCAAUGUUCUCCCCACUCCAGUGUGGCUAAUAAUGUAGAUUACAGCCAACUUAAGAAGGGCCUAGAAUCAAUUACUUUUCCAAUUAUGGUCACCCACCUACUUUUACUUUUUACUUUCAGAUUUAGGUGGGUGACCAUAAUUGGAAGAAUAUUUACUGGUAACAGUUACUUUUACCGCUAAAGUUACUUUUUAGAUGGGCAAUACUGAAUAUUUAAUUAUAUAACAUGCUCAUUCCGGUUUAAAAGAUGGUACUGAUAAUUCAUUUUAUCUUAGUUUGGACCUAAGAGCUGGUUUAAUGAGAGUUAUUAAGUAGAGACAAGUACUUGCUAGAAUGCUUCUAUUUUUACAAAAGGUUCAUUGUCCGUUAAUCGACAUUUAUGAACUACAAAUCGAUGUUUGUGCCAGGUCCUAAAAGCUGUAAGACUUAAACACACUAAAAUCUGAGGCUGUCUUUGCCUUCUUCUGACACUCAUCUAAGAAAAGAUAAACUAAAAGUCAACUCAAAAAAGCACCAUUUUGGCUGGGCAUGGUGGCUCACACCUGUAAUCCCAGCACUUUGGGAGGCCAAGGCAGGCGGAUCACAAGGUCAGGAGUUCAAGACAAGCCUGGCCCACAUGGCAAAACUCUAUCUCAACUAAAAAUAUAAAAAUUAGCCAGGCAUAGUGGUGGGCAUCUAUAAUCUCAGCUACUCAGGAGGCUGAGGCAGGAGAAUCACUUGAACCCAGGAGGCAGAGGCUGCAGUGAGCCAAGAUCGUGCCAUUGUACUCCAGCCUGGGCAACAAGAGCAAGACUCCGUCUCAAAAAAUAAAAUAAAAUAAGGACUGUAUUGGAAGAUUCUUGACAAUUUAAAAAUGAACUGAGUAAGAAUGUGAGGAAGAAAUAGAGAACACCUCAAUAACAUUGUCAAAGAACAUAUCCAAGACCACUUUUUUUUUUUUUUUUUAAGAGACAGGGUUUCGCUAUGUUGCCCAGGUUGGACUUAAUCAAUUCUCAAGCCUCAGCCCCUUGAGUAGCUCGGACUACAGGCCUGCAUCACUGUGCCCAGCUCAAAACCAUUUUGGUUUUUUUGUUUUUGUUUUUUUUGAGACAGAGUCUCACUCUGUCAACCAGGCUGGAGUGCAGUGGCGUGAUCUUGGCUCACUGCAACCUCCACCUCCAAGGUUCGGGCAAUUCUCUUGCCUUAGCCUCCUGAGUAGCUGGGGCUACAGGCACCUGCCACCACAUCCAGCUAAUUUUUGCAUUUUUAGUAGAGACGGGGUUUCGCCAUGUUGGCCAGGAUGGUCUUGAACUCCUGGCCUCAAGUGAUCCGCCCACCUCAGCCUCCCAAAGUGCUACAAUUAUAAGGAUGAGCCACUGCACCCAGCCACUCAAGACCAUUUUGAUUCUGUUUCCUAAAAGUUCUAUUUGAUGCAUGUAUAAGAGGUCUAGAGAAUCAGGAAGGUAUUCUGACAAAUAAUGCAGAUGUCUGUUUGUGCUCUUCCCUAACAAUGUAUGCAAAAUCUUGUACAAGCAAUGGCAUGUAUGAACAAUGACUCAUUUCUCCAGCACAAUAAAUGUACUGUAUGUAUCAUGUGGUGUUGAUAUGAAAAACUGAUAUUCUGUAAGCCUGAAAUAGUAUUUUGACAGUCUUGUCAAAUUACUGGGUGUUUAUCAGAAUUCCAUUUGGCUAAAUUAUCUGGUUCCAGCAAAAUAUCUUCCGAAGUCAAACUAAAAGGUCCUCUUGAUGAGAACAUUCUCAGUGUCUUCUUUUCAUGGACAUGUCUACCCCACUGCAUUCAAGGGGGACAGGAGGGGACUAUGAAUGAGCCACGUCCUGCUCACGCUUAAUGGCUGAGAGGGGAGAUUACCUGUCA